UACGGCAACCGUUUGUUUCCUGGCUGGAGAUUUUAAAAGGCUGGCUUCGGAUAAGCGCCUGUAUAUUUACAUAAUUAAAACGACUUUUGCACACUUUAAUCAUCCAGUGUAAUGUCUCGGGUAUUAAAAGCACCUCCUAAGUUUCUGCCUUCUGAGUGGAAACAUGCGAACCACACGCGCUUCAGGAGCGCGGAGGCCGAGCGAGCACGCUCCGUGCGACUCACGGCCGAGUGUAAGAGACUGAUAGAGGAGAGCGAGAAGUCGGUGAGAUGCAUGCAGCAGGAUGCUAACAACAGGCUGGAGAAGAGGCUCAAAGAUGUUACGUUCUGGAGGCAGGAGCUGGAGCAGAAACUGCACGAGAUGGUACAGGAGAUCGAGCAGCUCCUGGUUAUAAAGGACCGAGUAGAGAGAGCUCUGGGGAGUUGCUCCGGGCCUCUUCAAGCCACGCUGGACUGUCUGGACGAGAGGCAGAAGCGGGUGGAGAUAGACCUGGUUCAUGACGAGGUGGAGAAGGAGCUUCAGAAGGAGAAGGAUGUGAUCGAUGGAGUGACGGCUCUCCUCCAGCGCACUCUGGAGCAGAUCGUUGAGCAGAUCAGACUCAACCGCUCGGCCAAAUAUUACCUGGAGAAAGAUCUGCGGGACAAAUUUCAGGCUGAACGCAUCGAGGAGUUCUGCUCCCUGCUCAGCAGCACCACGGCGAGCGUCGAGGAGAAGGCUCCAGCGGGACAGUGUGCUGAUGGAGGACUCGCCGUGACUCCUCGCGAAUGGGAGACGUUCUCCGACGUGAACAUCAGCAAGGCGGAGAAGGAGAGGAGUAACUCGACGUCUCUGAGGGCGCUGGUGGAGAACCUGCUGGUGCAGACGGCGGCAGACAUGCGGAGGCAGCACGAGGCCGCCGGCUCGGCCCUGACGCUGCGCAUACACGAGAUCAGAAGCGCUAAGGCGGGGCUGGAAGAUCAGCUGAGCAAGCUGCUUGUGGAGAUUGCGAGCCAGGAACAGAACCUCGAUGCUCUGAAAGUGGCCGUCGCUGAUAAAGAAGGGCCGCUAAAGGUGGCGCAGACACGGCUGCACGCGCGCAGUCAGCGUCCCAGAAUUGAGCUGUGCAACGAUCACGCUCAGGCACGCCUGCUCUCUGAAGUGCAACAGCUCACCAGCCACAUCUCCAGGCUGAAAGAAAGUUUGGCCGAGUCGGAGAUGGAGCUCAGAGCCCUGACCAGGAACCAGCUGCUCCUGGAGGAGGAGAUCCAGGUCAAAUCAAACUCGCUGUACAUCGACGAAGUGAUCUGCACUCAGCUCCGUCAGGCAGUCACCAUUCACGACUUCUAAGGCAAUAAACGAUUCGUUUGCAGAUUGCAGAACUAUAAAAUAGGAAAUAAAUCAUUCAUGAAUGCUUAAAUAAAUAAAUAAAUAAAUAAAUAAAUAAAUGCAAUAUCUAAUCGCUAUAUAAAGUCUUCCCAUAAAAUGGAAAUUUGAUGUUGGUGUGAAAGGUGAGAGGUGAAAGAGAGAUAAGAAAAGAAAAAAAUCAACAGGCUGCACAAGAGUUUUUAUAUGCUCCAUCCGUUAUAUUGUAAAUCACGGUGUCUCAGGCUCCAUCAGCUGGAACAUUCUGCCUCUCUGACUCUGAUCAUGGGAUAGAUGGGAGAAGUCAUGGCAGAGUAGUUGAGCUUCGAGUCAGUGAGUGGCCUGAAGUGAGAUAACCCCAGCUCCAGCAUCUCAUCAGCCUCAGCGUGGUCAUAUCUGAUGGUGCUGAACUGCGCCUUUAACAUAGCAACACUGAUAUUUACACCAAAAAGCGCUCUGCAUUCAGCACACGUUAUCCGUUCAAUAUUCAGUGUAAUGUCAUUUGAACUUGGGCCUAAAGUAUAGUAUAACAUAACCUGAGGGGGAACUUCAUACAUCAUCCUCAAACAGCGAAGUGUAUUAUAUACUUUUAGCCGUGGCUCAAAUCCCCUUUUAUGAGCUAUGAUUUAUGAUUUAUGAUUACUUUCAAAUGAUUAAUGAUGGAUUUUAAUUUAACAAGACACAAACACGAGCAUUUAUUUCAGAGAAAAUUACAAGCCACGACAUCUUGGCAUCAGGGGAGGCUUUGUGUACCUUCUGGUCUUUCUAGAUUCGUGUCAGUAACAGAAAUACUACUACUAUUAUUAUUAUUAUUAUUAAUAAUAAUAAUAAUAAUAAUAAUAAUAAUAAUAAUAAUAAUAACAAAACUUGAACGAUUAUUUGUCGUUCAAAAUCCAGGCAGGAGAAACAAAACAACACCAUUUUUAUGAUCAGAAAUAGCAGAUACAUUUAUAAGCAACGUGUAUUUCUUUUCAUACUUUAUAAAUAUUAAAAAUUAGAAAAUAAAUCGUACACAAACUAAAACUGAAAGCAACCCCAAAACGUGACAAAACUACAGCGCGCGCGACUCACUGAGUGACUCAGAAUGAAUCAUUUGUUUGCUCGACUCACUGAGUGACUCAGAGUGAAUCAUUUAGAUACUCGACUCACUGACUGACUCAUAGUAAAUAAUUUACAUGCUCGACUCACUGAGUGACUCAGAAUGAAUCAUUUGCAUGCUCGACUCACUGAGUAACUCAGAAUGAAUCAUUUACAUGCUCGACUCACUGAGUGACUCAGAGUGAAUCAUUUACAUGCUCACUCACUGAGUGACUCAUAGUGAAUCAUUUACAUGCUCGACUCACUGAGUGACUAAGAGUGACUUUCUUUUCUGGACUGCUUACCAAUCAAUAGAUUAUGCAGCGCCGACUGCUGGACAGCAUGUUGUUGACAUUUUCAUUUGGUAGACGCCCUCAUCCAGAAUGAUUUACAGUUGAGGUCAUAUGCCUAAAAGUUUACAUACGCCUUGCAGGAUCUGCAAAAUGUUCAGAACUUUUUAAAAAUAUAUAGACUGGAUAAUAAAAUAGCAUUUUUAAAUUUAGCACUGCCCUGAAUAAGCUAUUUCACAUAACAGAUGUUUACAUCUCGUCCACAAGACACAAUAAUAACUGAAUUUACACAAAUGAACCAGUUCGAAACUUUACACACGCUCGAUUAUUAAUACCGCGUGUCGUUACCUGGAUGAUCCACGACUGUUUUUAUGUUUUGUGAUCGUCGUUCACGAGUCCCUUGUUUGUCCUGUUCAGUUAAACUGCCCACUGUUCUUCAGAAAAAUCCUCCAGGUCCUGCACAUUAUGUACUUUUCCAGCACCUUCUGCAUAUUUGACCCCUUUCCAACAGCGGCUACAUGAUGUUCAGAUCCAUAUUUUCACACUGAGGACGACCGAGGGACUCGUACACGACUAUUACAAAAGGUGCGAUCGUUCACUGAUGCUCGAGAAGGCGACACGAUACAUUAAGCUCUGUGGGUGUAAACUGUUAUGUUUUUGUGUAAAGAUCUUAUUUUUUCAUCUAGUACUGCGCUUCAGAAGCUACACAAGAUAUUUACAUUUACAGGGUGUGCUGUAAUGGGAAAAUAAUUAACGACCAGCUGGUUUGAAUUGAAAAUAUUUUAUUGUGCUGAUAUUAUGUCAAUCUGCCUGUUACACUUUUUUGCUUAUUGAAGAAGAAUAUGUCUUUAAUUUUACAACAUAUGAUUCUUUUUCCCAGCAGCUACAAAUAGCCUUUCACCAGCUGCUGAUUUCCUGCAUUUAAUCAGACAAAAAUUACAGCCUGUCUCAGUACUCAUAAACCAUAAAAGCACAAUGUCAUCAGCACUGAAGUCUUUCCCUGCACGGAUCAACAUCACAUUAGAUUGUUCCAAAGCUCUGACACGAGUCUCUCCGUUAAUAACUGCUAAAUAUUUUCCUUACAACAGCAACGUAACACCAACAACGAUAGCAACGAUAAGUUUGUAUUUUGUUAAUGACAACACUUUAAAAGCUUAAAAUUAGAAUGAAGAUAAUCCGGUUUGUUACUAUAGAAACAAAAAGGUAUUAGAACAAGAGCGUUAAUGUAAACCUGUGAAUUUGCAGCUGCACUACUGUCAGAGCUGCUGUUAUAGAAAAUGAAUCAACACCAUCUGACCAAUCAGAAUCCAACAGUGCUGUGGUAUGAGGAAUGUCAAAAUAAAAGCUAUAAAUAAUUCAUUCAACAGUGUUACUCUGCUUUCGUUUAAGUACCAUUUGAUCUCCAUGG